GUUUGACAGUUGGCGCGGAGGGCGCCGUCGAGGAAGGAGGGUCUGUACGCCGCUGCGCGAUUCGCCUCUCUCUUUUCUCUCUCUCCCCCGCCUCACGCCGCCGAGGGAGCCGAGUUGUCGCCUCACACGUCCCGAGGGGAUCCCAGCCGCCCGUCUGCCCGCCCGGGGCCACCUAGCCCGCCGGCUUCGCCUCCUUUAACCGCCGCCGUCAUGUCUCGGGGUCCCGAAGAGGUCAACAAACUGACUGAAAGCACCUAUAAGAAUGUUAUGGAACAAUUCAAUCCGGGGCUGCGGAAUUUAAUAAACCUGGGGAAAAACUAUGAAAAAGCCGUUAACGGUAUGGUCCUUGCUGGAAGAGCUUACUAUGAUGGCAUUGCAAAAAUAGGCGAUAUUGCUGUUGCAUCGCCCGUGUCUAAAGAGUUGGGCCACGUUCUCAUCGAGAUUUCUAUCGCUCAAAAGAAACUCAACGACAAGCUAGAAGAAAACUUCAAGAAAUUCCAUAAAGAAAUUAUAUCGGAGCUGGAGAAGAAAACCGAAUUAGAUGUAAAAUAUAUGAAUGCUACUCUGAAGAGGUACCAAAACGAACACCGAAGCAAAUUAGAUUCUUUGGAAAAAUCUCAGGCCGAACUGAAAAAAAUCAGGCGGAAAAGCCAAGGAGGACGGAACGCCAUUAAAUAUGAACACAGAGAAUCCGAGUAUUUGGAAACCGUAAGCUCCCGACAGAGCGAUAUCCAAAGAUUUAUUGCGGAGGGUUGCAGAGAGGCCUUGCUUGAAGAGAAGAAAAGGUUUUGCUUCCUGGUUGACAAGCACUGCAAUUUUGCUCAACGCCUGUUCCAUUACCAUGUGGAGUGCUCAGAGAUACUUACCGCCAAGUUGCCAGCGUGGUUGGAAACCUGCAGCGAUGCCACCAAGGUUCCAGCGACCGUCAUGAAUAUGAUCGAUGAGAUCAAGUCAACCGGAUCCGUUUCGAUAUCAGGGACUCCCUUGCCUUCCCCAAUGAUAGAGAGGAACAACCUGGUUGGAAAUAAUUAUGAUUCCCUCCGAAGGCAUUCUCCUAAGGUGCCCCCAGCCCCUCCGGGGAGAGCUUACACCAGCCCUUUAGUUGAUAUGUUCAACAACCCAACACCUGUCAUACCAAAGACCUCUUCCGAGAAAUUAAGCAAUGCAACAGACGAUUCCAGUUUAUUGCGAUCUACCUCUGUGGCCACUGGACUGAACAUAAUGAAGCGUCAGAAAGUGAAGACUAUCUUCCCGCACACCGCUGGAAAUAACGAGACUCUCCUUAGUUUCGCCCAGGGCGACCUUAUCACGCUGUUCGUAUCAGAAGAAAGAGACGGCUGGCUGUACGGAGAACAUGAUGUCACCAAAGUGAAAGGCUGGUUCCCAUCCUCUUACACAACGCCCUUCGAAGGCCCAUCAGAAGAGACCGUGCGCAUUCCGGUGCCAAGCCCUGCGCCCAUCCGUAGUGUCAGCUCAGUCAACUUGACCAACAGAGAAAGCCCCAUCCUCCCCCCACCAGAUUAUGUCAUAUCUGGGCCGACCAAACCAGCUUCAGAACCAAAACUUGAAACUUCUAAAACUACAGCAGCUCAAAGCAUAUCUCUUAAACCUAACAUGAACGGCAUUAUGAAGCCACCUUUCCUAAGUGGCGAGAAUCCCUUUGCAACCGUCAAACUCCGACCGACCGUCACAAACGACAGAUCGGCGCCAAUCCUUCGAUGAGUGGCAUUGGAAAAAAAACCUGAUCUAUUUUUUGUUGUUGUUGUUGUUUAAUCCUACUACCUUGUCAACAUUGCACAGCCUGCCCCAGCCUGCAGGUCCCUUCAGGUGUUGCCUUGGGAUGGUUUCCAAAUUGGCUGACUACGCGGCAACUGGAGGCUCCCCUGGUUGGCGGUGGCCAUAACUGUCUUCGGCGAUAUGAUUUCCAAAUACUGUCUGAAGUUGUUUUUAAACUUUUAUUUAAAUGUUAAUUAAUGUGUACAGCAGCUGCAAAUUGCCAAAGUUUCUGACUUUUUAAACAUGAUUUUUGUUUUUUGUUUUUGCUGGCUUCUCGUUUCUGCUAAUUAUCGAUGGCUGAGACGCCUGCAGAUUUGCUUUGAGUUUAGAAGCGUGCCUUGUUUAGGAAGACAACUAUAUUUAGGAAAGCAGAAAUAAACCAAAUAGGGAAACCAGCAGAACUGAUCCUCUUUAGUCUUCUAUUACCAGCAUUGCUGCUUAGACUUCUGUGCCAAUGGUGUGGUUUAAUCCUAGGGAUCAGUUCCGUUUAGUUUUGCUUGUACAAUUUACUUAGAUGGAUACGAGAGUCGCUGCUUUUUAAACACUUAAGGAUGACCUAACAGAAUAUCAUGCCAAAUAAUAUUUUCAUUACAUAAGCUAAGAUAAAAUGUCUUAGGGAUACAGUAAUAAUAAAAUGCUCUGAUCAGAA